AUACGUUCUCCAUCCAGGACACAGCUGGAUGGUUUGGCAUCGUACACUGAAAUACAACACGAACAGCCGCUCUUUCUUCUUCCUUAAUCCCCAGUAACAUGACUCACUAUCGCCAUCACAGACUAGGAGGUGAGCAGUGAGACAUUGAGCACCUUUGGGGUAAAAUAAAAAUGUCCCUGGGUUGCCAGGCAACACUAGAGAAGCGACCGACCUCUUCAACAACAACACUUGUUAGCUUGGAGAAGCAGUGUCCGAUACAGCUGUCAUCUGUGGACACCUUUUAUGCAGCAUAAUGUCUUUUACCGCAUAUCUAGAUGGCAAUUCUACACCAAAGUCCAUUAGCAGGGCCAAACAAUGGACAGACGAGGUGGAAAACUUGUACAGAUUCCAGCAAGCUGGAUACAGAGAUGAACUGGAAUACAAACAAGUAAAGCAAGUUGAUCUGAUUGACAGGUGGCCUGAGACUGGCUUUGUGAAAAAGCUACAGCGCCGGGACAACACAUUUUAUUAUUACAACAGAAAAAGGGAAUGUGAAGACAGAGAAGUCCAUAAAGUGAAGGUCUAUGCAUAUUAGGUCACAAGUGUCCAAUAAUCUUUUCUCUUUUUUUUUCAAAUUCAAAAUUCAAAUUGUGAAUAAGACUGUGGCCAGUUGCCCAAGUAGUUGCAACUGUAUAGCUCAGUUCACUGAAUAAAUUAUGUUGAGCUGAAGAUGUCUAAGUGUGUGAAGUAUACAAGUAAUCACGUGUGUUUAUACAGUCGUGAUUUUCAGAAAAGUCUGCUACCAUGUGAUCUUUACAGAUAUUUACAGAUCACAUAUACAAUGUUUUGCUGUGAA